GGUCUUUCCCUCGAAGCCCUCUCUCAGACGGAGGAUUCCAUUCUGAAGGGAUCUUUCACUAAAACAGGCGACAAAUUCUUCGCUAAAAGCAAUGGAAAUUCAUACGAAAUUUUGGGCUUCAAGUCUAUCGUUGAAUUAGUCAAACAAUGCGUUAACACUAUUGGGUUGAAGCCGAAGAACACGAACACAUCAGUCGAUUACUUCAGUCAACUGUCGACUCGUAAUAUUAAGAUAAACCGAAUGAUCGAUUCGAUGGCAUUAUAUAAAGUGGAAACCGAUCCUAAAGUUUUCUUCAUUGCAGAUGAAGGAUCAGAUUUCGAGCAAAUGAUGACCUCUUGCGCUGAACUCGGGGCCACAUUUGACGACAAGAUCAAAGUGAAGCCAUCGGCGGGCGGUGUCUAUUUGGCCCGUUCUGUGACCGACGGCGAGUGGUAUCGAGCGGUGGUUCUCGAACUGAAGGGAGACGAGUGUUGCGUUCAAUACAUAGACUUUGGCAACAAUGAGGAAAUCAGUGUGAAUUCAUUGAUGAAAUUGUCGGACAAAAUGACAACCGCUUCUGUGGCUCCGAUU